GAACGACGCAACAAAAACAACAAUAUCCUAGUUAUAUUCGGAAAUCGAUUGGCUCUGUCGUAAUUUUCUUAAUUGGACGUUAUCUUGGUGCGAAGUAUAGAAAAAUUAGUAGAAGUUGUAAAGCUCUUGUUUCCAGAAGUUUCAAUAAAUUCAGUGGUGAUAGAUUAAAUCAAGAAGAAAGUGCACGUGAAGGGGCCUUGAAUUUCGGUUGGCAUCUCCCAGAAUAUGCCUCCCGUCGCCUAAUAUUACCGGAGCCAGAUCACUGUUCAAUGCCAUACAUUUUGAUACGCGGUAAUUUAGCCUCAUACAGCCAUAAGUAUCCGUUUCGUGUGCUAGUCUCGGGAUUGAAAGCGGCCGAUCUCGAACAACUGAGUCGUUUUCCGUGUGGAGGAUACAGUGAUGAAUCUACGAUCGUGUAUCUGCAGCAUCCUUGUGUGAUAUUGACCGCAUUGGAGGUCCUAGGAUAUCGUGUAGUGGCAUCGUCGUCAACAGCCGUCAAACAAGAUUACAACGAGUACAUGUGGACUAUGCGAAAGGAGUUCCACGAUCCAGAACCGUACGUGUGCGAUACUUCAUCCAACAUUGUGGAACGGGACAAUCUGACCAACAGCGGUCGCGAGGUGAAUAAUUAUCCGCCAAGCAAUAAAAUUGACGUACCGGAAUAA